AUGCUUUGGCCCUUGCUGAUCACCACGGCGGCUCUGGCCACUGCGGUCAGCGCCUCCUCCAAGGUGUCUUCCUCCUCCCAUCAGUUUGAAAGGGUCAUCCGCGGGUCGAACGUAAGCCUCGCACCCUCGCAGGAUCGCCUGUCCAGCGGGCUGCACCUAGGCGUCGACUACUAUCCGGCACAAUGGCCCGAGUUUCUGUGGGAAUCAGAUGUGGCCGGCAUGCGGGAUCUGAACGUCUCGUAUGUGCGGAUCAACGAGUUUGACUGGGGAAUUCUCGAGCCAGAGGAAGGCGUCUAUAACUUCUCGGUGCUGGACGACACACUUGAGUUGUUUGGCCGGUAUGGACUCAAAGCCAUUCUCGGCACGCCCACCGCAAGCCCGCCCGACUGGCUCACCAAGAAGUACGACAUUUCCUUUGUCGACGUGACCAACUCGACCUACGUCUUUGGGUCCCGGCGGUACUACAGCUUCUCGUCCUUCGACUACCGCGAGCAGAGCCAGAAGAUUACGCGCGUGCUGGCCGAGCGCUACGGCAGCAAUCCCAACGUCGUGGCAUGGCAGCUGGACAAUGAGUUCGGCUGCCACAGCACAGUGCGGAGCUACGACAAGGACGCCAUCACCCGCUUCCGCACCUGGCUGCAGCAGAAAUACGGCACCAUCGAGGCCAUGAACGCCGCGCAGGGCCGUGUGUUCUGGUCGAACCAGUACGCCAGCUUCGACGACGUGCUGCCCCCUUACCACGAGGUAUACACGACCAACGACCUGUACACGCUGGACUGGUACACCUUCAGCUCAGACAUGGUCAUCGAGUUUGCACAGGAGCAGGCUGCCAUCCUGCGCGAGUAUGCGCCCACCCAGGCCGUCACCACCAACUUCAUGGUCGUCUUUACCGACUUUGACCAUUACAAGUUUGCGCGCGAGGUCGGCAUCGACAUUGCCUAUUUCGACAACUAUCCCCUGGCCGGGCCGAGCGACUUCACCUGGGUCACGGACGACCAGCUCGCCGACACCCUCCGCACGGGACUGCCAGACCUCCAGGCACUGCAGCACGCCGUGUAUCGCGGCGUGGCGGGUGCUGCGUACGGGCAGACGGCGGGCCCGUUCGGCGUCAUGGAGAUGCAGCCCGGCAUGCUCAACUGGAACACGUACCGCGUGUCGCCGCUGGAGGGCAUGGUGCGCCUCUGGACGCUCGAGACGUAUGCCGCGAGCGGUGAUGUGGUGAGCUACUUCCGCUGGCGUCAGGUUCCCUAUGCACAGGAGCAGACCUUGUCGGGCCUGCACAUCUCUGAUGGCAGUGAUGACGAGGGCUUCUUUGAGGCGCAAGACGUCGCCUUCAAUGACCUGCCCAUUCUGCGCGAGAAACUAGGCCAGUCAAACGGCUCUUCGUCAGCCGCCGAGGCUGUGGCACACGAGCCACAAGCCGACGUCGCCCUCAUUUUUGACUAUUCCUCCGUAUGGACAUGGGCCAUCGAGCCAUACAGCGGCAGCUGGGACGUCACCUCUGCCACCUACACAGGCACCGUGCUCAGCAACCUCGACCUCGUCUACACAUUCUUCUCCGCGCUGCGCCGCCUUGGCCUCUCUGUCGACGUGAUUGGCCCAGACCAGGACCUCUCCGCGUACAAGAUGGUCGUCGUGCCCAGCAUCCCCAUCAUCCCAGCCGCCCUCAACGCCUCCCUUGCCUCCUACACCGCUGGCCCUGUGGUCUUUGGCCCGCGCUCCGCAGCGCUCACUGCCAACUUCUCCUACGCCCCAGGUAUCCAGCCCGCGGCUGGCGCACUGCGCGACCACCUGCCCAUGCGAGUGACGCGAAUCGAGACGCCGCCCAGCUACGCCAACAGCAGCGUCUCGUACGCCGGGACGAGCUAUGCCAUCACGUACUGGGAGGAGUGGGUGAGCUGCAGCCGCGGCAACGCGAGCAGCAAUGCGACCGUCACGUCGGGAUCGAAACAUCGUCUGGGGAAGCCGGCGGCGUGUGCUUCGGUGGACCAGGAUGAGGGGAAGCAGUGGCAUUAUCUGGGCUUCAACCCGCCUGCAGACUUCCUGGUCUCGUACCUGGGCGAUAUGGCUGCCGCGGCGGGGCUGAGUGAUCUGACUGGCAAGGCGGCCAGUAAGGAUGCGGAUCUGGGCAGCUCGCUGAGGCUGUUGCGGAGGGGCGACCUGCUCUGGGCGUUCAAUUAUGGGGCGGAGGCUGUGGCCGCCCCUGCUGUGGACUCUACUGCUCAGUUGGUCAUUGGUGAGGCAGGCGAUAUUCCGGCUGCUGGUGUUGUGGUAUGGAAAUUGAGCAGCUGA